UUGCCAGCGGUAGUGAGGACGGUUCGAUGUCAAGCGGCAGUGAGGAAGGUUCGAUGUCAAGCGGCAGUGAGGAAGGUUCGAGUCUUGAAGUCAUCACUCGGCCAACUACUCUUCAGGCGAGGGUAUUCCGUGCCAUCAACCGUGGACGCGGUUCACCAACUGUGCGUCAGCGCGGGUCACCACCUGUGCCUCAACGUGAGUCGCCGCCUGAGCCUCAACGCGAGUCACCGCCUGUGCCGCAACGCGAGUCACCGCCUGUGCCGCAACGUGAGGCUCAGCUUGAGCCUUUACGUCAGCAGGUCGCUUCCCUUGAGGCCAGGGUAGCCAUAUUGGAGAGUGACCAAGCUCGUAAGCACGGCUCGUCGUCGCGUAGUCGUGGCCGCCGCGGUAACAGCCAACCAACUCCAUCGAAGAAACCUCAGCUGGCGAAGUACUGUCCGGAACAACGCACCAUGAAGGAGUUGAUAAUGAGAGUUAUCAGGUACGGCGGGUGGAACGCCGGCAGGAUGGGGGGCAUCAGCGAGGAGAGGUUCACUGAGCUGAGGCAGCUCGGGUACACUGACUUCUUGCGCGGUGUUCUUCUAGAGCUGUACUCUCCGGACGAGCUUGUCACAACGACCGUUGGUCGGUCUUCGGGAUCGGCGACCCCGAUGGCGCACGCCAUGCGAGACGCUGUUUACCGUCUUGUUGCAGCUUACUUCAACGUGCACCGAUCGCUGCCUCCGAGAUCGUUCGAUGAGUUGAACAAGGACAUCUCCCACGUUUUCUCUAACGCGAGAAAGUCGUCGGUGAAAAGACGGGAAGUCGCAGACCCCGGCGAGGGUACGUCGCAGCGCAAGGACACGUCGCAGCGCAAGGACAUGUACGUCCUUGAAGGUAUAUCGCGGCUUGAGGACCCAGAAGCCGGUGAGGGUACAUCGCAGCGCUCCUUCGAAUGGGAGGAUCUGCUGGUAGUACAAAGUAGCGUUGAUAUCACCGGAGAAAACUUCAGCGACGACGAAGACGACGACGACUAGUGUUGUAAUUUGACAAAUAAAAAAAAUUCAACACAAUUUACAAUUUUUACUUCUUUUGUUCAUUGGUUGACGGGUAUCUACGCUAAGACAAGGUUUACUUAAGUGGAGGCCAAAUUGGAUUACUUGGAGGCGAGUUUCGCCUACAUGGGAAAAAAGUUCACCUAAAUUGGCAAAAUUUUCCUAAGUCUGGCAUAUGAAAAAGGUUGACAUGGUAGGCAACCUCGGGUGCGCAUCCGUACACUUCGACCGCGUACACCCCAUAUACGCGGACUGGUGUACGCCGAUGAGCUUAGGUACCGGUAUCCACGCUGAGACAAGGUUUACUUAAGUGGAGGCCAAAUUGGAUUACUUGGAGGCGAGUUUCGCCUACAUGGGAAAAAAGUUCACCUAAAUUGGCAAAAUUUGCCUAAGUCUGGCAUAUGAAAAAGGUUGACAUGGUAGGCAACCUCGGGUGCGCAUCCGUACACUUCGACCGCGUACACCCCAUAUACGCGGACUGGUGUACGCCGAUGAGCUUAGGUACCGGUAUCCACGCUGAGACAAGGUUUACUUAAGUGGAGGCCAAAUUGGAUUACUUGGAGGCGAGUUUCGCCUACAUGGGAAAAAAGUUCACCUAAAUUGGCAAAAUUUGCCUAAGUCUGGCAUAUGAAAAAGGUUGACAUGGUAGGCAACCUCGGGUGUUCAUCCGUCCACUUCGAAGGAAUGUACCGUCCUAGGAGUGGGAACAUCGUGUGCGCAAACCCGCGUACACUCCAUAUACAUGGACUGGUGUACGCCGACAGUGUUGGUGGCAGCAUGUAGCGUCGCUUGCGCUCGACCUUGCCAGCGUACGCCCCAUAUACUUUAUCCGAUGUACGCUCAUGAGCUUUGGUCAAAAAAUGAAGAAGAAGAAAAAAAAAGAAAAAGAAGAAGAAAAAAAAAGAAAAAGAAGA